AUGGCGGAAGAUACACGGGAAUCGAACCUUCCGGUCGCAGAGUUGACGCAGAGCAACAACCCACAAGAACCAUCGCAGCGGAAGCCGAAAUAUGAAGCACCGAAGUCGCAAGUCGGAAAGCUAUGGGACGCAUUCGGGAACCCCGAGGAUCAGGCCAAUAUGUUGCCAGGAACAGUAUCCAAUUCCAAGAAGGAGGAAGCUACGGUCACGGAAGCUAUGAAGUCACUAUCCACCAAAGACCUGACGACAUUCUACAAGAUGCCUUGCGCGCGCGAUGCUUUGAUGUUGGGAAUUGGUGUGGCGUUUGGCGUGGGGGGUAUCAGGGCUAUUCUGGGAGGUAUGCGUUCAUUAUGGACUGCCUCUAACUGGGCUGUCGGCACCUUCGCUAUCACUUCGUUAGGAUCGCACGAGUUCUGCCAACGGCGGCGUGUUCAGGAAUUGGAUGGCAUGAAGCAAGCAGUCGAAUUGAUGCACCAACUUAAGGUCAAGAAACAACGGGAGAAAGAGCAGAAGCUUGAGGAAGCCGCACAUUUGGCGGAAGAAAAACGACGCAAGAGCUGGACCAACCCAUCGAACUACAAAUUUUGGUAG